UUAUUAUUAUCAUUAUUAUUAUUAUUAUUAUUACUGUUUCAGUUGGAAAUAUUUCAUAUGAAGUGGGGGAAGAGCAGCUGAAACAAGUGUUCGCGCAGGUUGGGCCGGUGGUUCAUCUUCGACUGGUGCACGAUCGGGACACUGGCAAGCCAAAAGGUUACGGAUUUUGCGAAUACAGCGAUGCACAAACUGCAGAAAGUGCAAUCAGAAAUUUGAACGGCUUCGAACUGAAUGGUCGUCCACUUCGGGUCGAUUCAGCGGCUGGCGGGGAUCGCACCGCCGACGAAGUGCAGCAGUUGCAAGCAGCUUUCGCUGCCCAGCAACAGGAGGUUAUUCCGUCUUUCAUUUCUUUGAGGAUGUAGUC